CUCCGUGUUUAGAGGAUGUGCUGAAUGGUGCGCUUUGAGGCGGCGGCGGAGGAGGAGCAGGAUCCGGCGGCAGCUGGCAGUCUCGGCUGCCGAGCUCGGCUUCUCUUUGCCCUCUGAGGCUCCGCAUCCACCGCGAACACCCGACCCCGCGUCCCACCCGGGGCAUGGGCCGGCGCUGCUCCCCCGCGCGCCCCGCCUGCUGAGCCGCGCCAGAGGGAGGUGCGGAGGCCGGGAGGCCAGGGGAGACCUGCUGGGAGCUAGUCGAGUGUCUCCGGAGCAGAGAAAGAAGCCCUCGCCCGGCGCCCCGCGCCCCGCGCCCCACGCCGGUCCUUGCCGCGCUCACCCGGGCCGCCCGGAGCCUCGAUGAGCCCAGAUGGCCGGGGCUCAGCCCGGAGUGCAUGCCUUGCAACUCAAGCCCGUGUGCGUGUCCGACAGCCUCAAGAAGGGCACCAAAUUCGUCAAGUGGGAUGAUGACUCCACUAUUGUUACUCCAAUUAUUUUGAGGACUGACCCUCAGGGAUUUUUCUUUUACUGGACAGAUCAAAAUAAGGAGACGGAGCUGUUAGACCUCAGCCUUGUCAAAGAUGCCAGAUGUGGGAAACACGCCAAAGCUCCCAAGGACCCCAAGUUACGUGAACUUUUGGAUGUGGGGAACAUCGGGCGCCUGGAGCAUCGCAUGAUAACAGUGGUCUAUGGGCCGGACUUGGUUAACAUCUCCCAUUUGAAUCUCGUGGCUUUUCAAGAAGAAGUGGCCAAGGAAUGGACAAGUGAGGUUUUCAGUCUGGCAACAAACCUGCUGGCCCAAAACAUGUCCAGGAAUGCAUUUCUGGAAAAAGCCUAUACUAAACUUAAGCUGCAAGUCACUCCAGAAGGGCGCAUUCCUCUCAAAAAUGUAUACCGCUUGUUUUCAGCUGACCGGAAGCGGGUUGAAACUGCUUUAGAGGCUUGUAGUCUUCCAUCAUCAAGGAAUGAUUCAAUACCUCAAGAGGAUUUCACUCCAGAAGUGUACAGAGUUUUCCUGAACAACCUUUGCCCUCGACCUGAAAUUGAUAACAUCUUUUCUGAAUUUGGUGCCAAAAGUAAACCAUACCUUACUGUUGAUCAGCUGAUGGAUUUUAUCAACCUUAAGCAGCGAGAUCCCCGAUUAAAUGAAAUUCUUUACCCACCUUUAAAACAAGAGCAAGUCCAAGUAUUGAUUGAGAAAUAUGAACCCAACAGUGGCCUCGCCAAAAAAGGACAGAUAUCUGUGGAUGGAUUUAUGCGCUAUCUGAGUGGGGAAGAAAAUGGAGUCGUUUCACCUGAGAAACUGGAUUUGAAUGAAGACAUGUCUCAGCCCCUUUCUCACUAUUUCAUUAAUUCCUCACACAACACCUACCUCACAGCUGGCCAGCUGGCUGGAAACUCCUCCGUAGAGAUGUAUCGCCAAGUGCUCCUGUCUGGUUGUCGUUGUGUGGAGCUGGACUGCUGGAAGGGGCGGACUGCAGAAGAAGAACCCGUCAUCACCCAUGGGUUCACCAUGACAACUGAAAUAUCCUUCAAGGAAGUGAUAGAAGCAAUCGCUGAGUGUGCAUUUAAGACUUCACCUUUUCCAAUCCUUCUUUCCUUUGAGAACCACGUGGAUUCCCCAAAACAGCAAGCCAAGAUGGCGGAGUACUGCCGACUGAUAUUUGGGGAUGCCCUUCUCAUGGAGCCACUGGAAAAAUACCCACUGGAAUCUGGAGUUCCUCUUCCAAGCCCUAUGGACUUGAUGUAUAAAAUUUUGGUGAAAAAUAAAAAGAAAUCACACAAGUCGUCAGAAGGGAGUGGCAAAAAGAAGCUGUCGGAACAAGCCUCCAACACUUACAGUGACUCUUCCAGCGUGUUCGAGCCCUCAUCUCCGGGAGCGGGGGAAGCUGAUACAGAAAGUGAUGAUGAUGAUGAUGAUGAUGACUGUAAAAAGUCUUCCAUGGAUGAGGGGACUGCUGGGAGUGAGGCCAUGGCCACAGAAGAGAUGUCUAACCUGGUAAACUACAUCCAGCCAGUCAAGUUUGAGUCAUUUGAAAUUUCAAAAAAAAGAAACAGAAGUUUUGAAAUGUCUUCCUUCGUGGAAACCAAAGGACUCGAGCAGCUUACGAAGUCUCCAGUGGAAUUUGUAGAAUAUAACAAAAUGCAGCUUAGCAGAAUAUAUCCAAAAGGAACACGUGUGGAUUCAUCCAACUAUAUGCCUCAGCUUUUCUGGAAUGCCGGCUGUCAAAUGGUUGCACUUAACUUCCAAACAGUGGACUUGGCUAUGCAAAUAAAUAUGGGGAUAUAUGAAUACAAUGGGAAGAGUGGCUACCGAUUAAAGCCAGAGUUCAUGAGGAGACCUGACAAGCAUUUUGAUCCAUUUACUGAAGGCAUCGUAGACGGGAUAGUGGCCAACACUUUAUCUGUUAAGAUAAUUUCAGGUCAGUUUCUUUCUGAUAAGAAAGUCGGGACCUACGUGGAAGUAGAUAUGUUUGGUUUGCCUGUAGACACAAGGAGGAAGGCCUUCAAGACCAAGACAUCACAAGGAAAUGCAGUAAAUCCUGUCUGGGAAGAAGAACCCAUUGUGUUCAAAAAGGUGGUGCUUCCUUCUCUGGCCUGUUUAAGGAUAGCAGUUUAUGAAGAAGGAGGUAAAUUUAUCGGUCACCGGAUCUUGCCAGUGCAAGCAAUUCGACCAGGCUAUCACUACAUCAGUCUGAGGAAUGAAAGGAACCAACCUCUGAUGCUGCCAGCUGUUUUUGUCUACAUAGAAGUAAAAGACUAUGUACCAGACACAUUUGCAGAUGUGAUUGAAGCUUUGUCAAACCCAAUCCGAUAUGUGAAUCUGAUGGAGCAGAGAGCUAAGCAACUGGCUGCUCUGACCCUGGAAGAUGAAGAAGAAAUAAAGAAAGAGGCUGAUCCUGGGGAAACACCAUCAGAGGCUCCAAGUGAAGCAAGGACAACUCCAGCAGAAAACGGAGUGAAUCACACGGCAUCGCUGGCACCCAAGCCCCCCUCCCAGGCUCUGCACAGCCAGGCAGCUCCAGGUUCUGUAAAGGCACCUGCAAAAACAGAAGAUCUUAUUCAGAGUGUCCUAACAGAAGUGGAAGUGCAGACCAUUGAAGAGCUAAAGCAACAGAAAUCGUUUGUGAAACUUCAAAAGAAACACUACAAAGAAAUGAAAGACCUGGUUAAGAGACACCACAAGAAGACCACUGACCUUAUCAAAGAACACACUACAAAAUAUAAUGAAAUUCAGAAUGACUACUUGCGAAGGAGGGCAGCCUUGGAAAAGACUGCCAAAAAGGAUAGUAAGAAAAAAUCAGAACCUAGCAGUCCUGAUCAUGGUUCCUCAACGAUUGAGCAAGAUCUUGCUGCCCUAGAUGCCGAAAUGACCCAGAAGUUAAUAGACUUGAAGGAUAAACAACAGCAACAGCUGCUUAAUCUUCGGCAAGAACAAUAUUACAGUGAAAAAUACCAGAAGCGGGAACAUAUUAAACUGCUUAUUCAGAAGUUGACAGAUGUGGCAGAAGAGUGUCAGAACAAUCAGUUAAAGAAGCUCAAAGAAAUCUGUGAGAAAGAGAAGAAGGAAUUAAAGAAGAAAAUGGAUAAAAAGAGGCAAGAGAAGAUAACAGAAGCCAAAUCCAAAGACAGAAGCCAGAUGGAAGAGGAGAAGACAGAGAUGAUCCGGUCAUACAUCCAAGAGGUGGUGCAGUACAUCAAGAGGUUAGAAGAGGCACAAAGUAAACGGCAAGAAAAACUUGUAGAGAAACACAAGGAGAUCCGUCAGCAGAUCCUGGAAGAAAAACCCAAGGGGGACGAUUCCUCCUCAUUCUUGUCGGAAACUUGCCAUGAGGAUCCCUCUGUUUCCCCCAACUUUACUCCCCCCAACCCUCGAGCUCUCAAGUGGUGACCACCGUCCUUCCAGCCAGCUACAGAUGGAGCUGGAGCAAGAGUACCAAGACAAGUUCAAAAGGCUGCCCCUGGAGAUUCUGGAGUUCGUGCAGGAAGCCAUGAAAGGGAAGAUCAGUGAAGACAGCAAUCACAGCUCUGCCCCUCCCUCCCAGGCCCCAGACCCCGGAAAACUGAACCACAAACCUCCCUCUAGUGAGGAGUUAGAAGGAGACAACCAAGGAAAAGAGUUUGAUACUCCUCUGUGAUUGUUCCUUCUAGGCCUUCAGAACAGACAUGGCCACUCAACCUCCAUCAGACUUGCUCUUAUUACAAAGAUCACUGCCCAGGAGCAUCUUCCUGAGACGCAUCCCUUAACCUAAAGUCCAUCCCAAAGGGAGCAUUCUGGAAGGAUCCACGCAGAGGUCCCUCCAGCCAGGCUCCAUGCAUUAUGUGGAGACUGUUGCAGGUCUACUAGUGGAGAGUGCAUGUAUAUGAGGUUUUCGUUUUCUUUGCAAUAGUAAAUUCAAAGUAGGCAACUUCCAGGCUCCAUGGAAGAUUUAAUGAAGGACAGUGUCUUCUUUGAAGAAAAUCGGGCUCAUGUUUUUAUCUGAAGCUCUGGUGUGUGACGUAUUUCAAAGUAAUAGAAAUAAUUUGAGAAAUGCAUAGCACUAUUUAACACUAUUGACCAGACAACUUUGAGCAUUUUUUUUUCCUAACUGCCCCUCAACGACCAUAUCUUCAAGUUCAUGUGCGUAUUAGGUUGUCUCAUCCUUUGCUUUGCAAGCACUGGUGGCUUGCAGUUUGCUAAUUUAUUUAUCAUAGAGGCAUCAGCGUAUUUGUUGCUGACAUGGCUUUAUUAGAUACUGUAGUGACUCAAAUGAGCUGGUGUUCUUUUUUGAAAAAAUCACUUGAUUGUGUCCAUGCCCAGCGAAGCCAUCCCAGGACUUGGCAAUAGGUUUGUAAAUUUGGCUGCAUGAGCAAGUUGGCUGCCCACUUACAGGCAGUAUGCUAUCUGAGUUGACUAUUUGCACUUGAAGUCUGGGUAUUCAUUGGUUGUUGGCCUGAAAUGAUCAAAUACUUACAAAGAGUCUGUUCUGUUGAAUAAAAAUAGUUGAGCUGAUGUAUGUUGAGCAGAGAUUCAAUCAGAGUGAACAGGCUCCAGUGACUAUUUUGCUGUCUGGCAUUUUUUAUGUUCCAUUUAUUUUUAAUAUAGAGAAGAUUGAAUAUUUAUCUAAAGAAUACACAGACCCACAUAUAAAUGAUAUAUAUUGUCUCCAUGUAUGAAUGUAUGCACUCAACCACAUAAGUGCAUAUGCACACACACACACACAAGUUUAAUUGUGUGUUUACUAAUUGGCAGCAACCCAAUCUCAUCCACAAGACUUAAAACCAAAUUAAGGGAUAAAUGAGUAGAGAAGAAAAGAGUCAAACGUCUAGAUUACAUGGAUAUUACAUUUAUUAAAAUAGUUGACGGAGCCGGUGAUGCAAGUUGAGGUAGAUUUAGAAUUUAGAAUAUGAAUUAUAUAUAUAUUUUGCAGGAUCAAAAAUUUAAUUUUAAGAAUGAGUUUAUAAGCUUGUUUUAAUGGUCAGAAUGCACAAAAAUAUAUAGGACAGCAAUAUGGAAAUUUAUUAGUAGAGGCCAUAAUUUUUAAGUCUGCUAGACUUCAAUUUUAUUCUAACAUAAAAAAAAUCUUUCAUUAUAUAUUUUGUAUGUACAUUUAAUUCAUUUAUAUGUGUCUGUUCAUUAAGUUCUUAUUUUAAGUGGCAUAAGAGAAACCAGUUAUAUCAUGGUAACACUGAUCAAAAACAUAUUGCAAGGUUUUUAAGUCAGAGAGGAUAAUUACACACAGGAAAAAGUAAUUUAGAGAGCACCAAACAGAACAUUACAGUGAAAGCCCAGAAGCAAGAUGCUCACAGCUUUAUUUUACUUCAAAGUAAACCUGCCUGAUGGUAGCUGAGCCAAACAUUUUAAAACUCAAAAAGCAGUUGUGUCCUGAAAAUUGUGUUUCAAAAAUUUAAUAUUUUUAUGAAAAUUAUUUUAUUUAACUUUAAGCAAUAACUAGGGAUCACAAUUAAGAGUUAAUCAAAAUGAAAGUUUAGUUCAAACAUUAGGAAAGAGUGUUUGAUUAAAAAAACACAUUUAGUGAGACCCAAGGGGGAAAUCAGAUCCCCUUUGGAGAUGAUUAUAUUUUGAUCUGAAAGGUUUAGGGUGUUAAUUAGACACUUAAUAAAGCUUAACUUCCACUGAAAGAGGAAUCUUUAGUAAAUCAUUCUACCUUUGCACUUUGGAAGAAAGGCAUUAAUCAUAGAGAAGCAAGAAUGGUCAGAACUGAAUGCUGCAUUUUAUAAACAAAUUUACAGACUGUCUAAAAUGGCAGAAGAAUGAAAGAAUAAUAGCAUUCAUAACCAAACACAAUGGUGAUUAUUGCAGAACAUUGUAUCACAUUUUAGACCAGAAAUAGACUAUGGUUAAUAACCUUGAUUUACAUAAAACUGUUUUGGUAGUUGCAUUUCAUUAUCUUAGUGACUCUAGUCAUUUUACAAUAUGUUUGUGUUUGGCCAUUUCCUGUAAUCACAUUUUUAUAUCUGGACAAUGACACUUUUUGCAGUUGUGGGGUAGUGUGUAACACUGUCCAUCUUGCAUCAUUGAAACUACUACAGUAAUACUAUCAUUUAAUAAUAUUUAACAUUACUUGAAAUAGACUAAGAUAAAGGGUAUAUAUGAUGUGCAGUUUCGUGCCUUUAUGUAUUUGCCUUGUUCUUUGUUGAAUGUGUGAAAUUCUGUACUGUGGUUUCUCCUAUAAUAGAGAGUAGAGCUGUGUAUUAAAUUAGACUGUUCCCCCUCUGAUAUCUUUACACUACUGAGAACAGCAUGGUUUUUUGGCCGUGUAAACCAGUUUCCAGAGUUCUAAUGACAUGCCAUAUGUUUUUUGGUUUUUAACAUUUUCAUGAUCAUCAUACAUUAAGUAAUACUCAUGUAGUAGAUAAGCAGUCAUUAAAUAAUUCCGAAAGAAAGGGCCAUUGCUUGCUUUACUUUGAAUUUAAUGUUGCGCUUGUGCACUGUAUCAAUAUUGUUUGUGAUGGAUUGGACGUUGUGACUUUUACCUUUUAAGAAAAAAAAAAAAAGAUAGGACAAAGUAUUUGAAGCUCUUAAAAUGUACAUAUUUUUGUUCUUCUAUCUCAAAUUAUUUAAAAUGCAUAAUUCACAUUUUUGUAAUAAUUCUAUGCAAUUUUGUGGCAUGAUGUUUCUUCCACUUGUAAUUUUAUGUGCUUUCAUCACAAAUCCAAAGGAAACAAUAAAAAUUUCUUAACACAA